GUCGGUGGGUGCCCGAAUCCGGCUGGUGUUAGCGUUGGAGUUUGCAGAAGAAGCAAAAAAGUGUUAAUUUCCACGCCCCAACAACCUCCCCCCAACUGAGAGACUUAACUGUGUGGAGAGACGUGGCAUCGGGUCGGCAGAAGGAUGGGGAACAUUUUUGGAAACCUGUUAAAAAGUCUGAUCGGGAAGAAGGAGAUGAGGAUCCUGAUGGUGGGACUGGACGCCGCCGGGAAAACCACCAUCCUUUACAAGCUGAAGCUGGGAGAGAUCGUCACCACUAUCCCCACCAUCGGCUUUAACGUGGAGACCGUGGAGUACAAGAACAUCAGCUUCACUGUGUGGGACGUGGGCGGCCAAGACAAGAUCAGGCCCCUGUGGAGACACUACUUUCAAAAUACCCAGGGUUUGAUCUUCGUGGUGGACAGUAAUGAUCGUGAGCGUGUGAACGAGGCCAGAGAGGAGCUGAUGAGGAUGCUGGCUGAGGACGAACUGCGCGACGCUGUGCUGCUCGUCUUCGCCAACAAACAGGAUCUGCCCAACGCCAUGAACGCGGCGGAGAUCACGGACAAGCUGGGCCUGCACUCGCUGCGCCACCGCAACUGGUACAUCCAGGCCACCUGUGCCACCAGCGGGGACGGCCUGUACGAGGGCCUCGACUGGCUGGCCAACCAGCUAAAAAACAAAAAGUGA